AUGCUUUUUUACACUUGUGAAGAAUGUGGAGAGCAAUGUCCUAGUGAAGAUAUCUGGAUUUGGUGCAAACCUUGUAACGCACGUCAUUUUCAACAACACUUCAACAGUUGGACAAGCGGAAAUAGUAUUAUUGAUAAGUUUAUUCAAGAAACACAGCUCAACGCUUUGGACCAUUUUCAAAAAUUGGAGUGGAUUCCCUAUGAACUAUUUACCGACGUUGAAUAUCUAUCACAAGGAGGAUAUGGUAAAGUAUAUAAAGCUACGUGGAAAAAUGGAUAUAUUUAUAAAUGGAAUGUUGAAAAAAAAGACUGGUCAAGGCGCGGUGAACUUCUUGGUGACACUAAAGUUGUUUUAAAAAGUUUAUUCAAUUCAAAGGAAAUUCCUCCUGAAUUUUUCGACGAGAUUAAACAUCAAAUACAAUCAAUCGGUACGAAAGGAGGAUACAAAAUCAUUCCAUGUUACGGAAUAACUAAGGAUCCAGCAACCGAAGAUUUUAUGAUGGUAAUGAGAUUUGCAGAAGAGGGGAGUCUUCGGAAUUAUUUAAAUAAAAAUUUUUUUUCAAUGGACUGGUAUCAGAAACUUAAAAUAUUGUAUGGAAUACUUAAAGGACUUGAUGAUAUCCACAAUGCUGGGUUGACUCACCGUGAUUUCCAUAGUGGAAAUAUAGUAUUAUUCAACUUUGAGGAUACAUGUAUUACAGACUUUGGUUUAUGCAAACCCAUAAAUCAUGAGUCUUCCAAAAAAGAACGACCAGUCUUUGGAGUCUUACCUUAUGUCUCGCCCGAAGUGUUGUGUAAACAUGAAUAUACACAAUCGGCAGAUAUCUAUUCAUUUGGAAUUCUCAUGAAUGAAAUGUCAUCAGGUUUACCACCUUACAAAGAUAUUCCUCAUGAUAUUCAUCUUGCGAUGAAUGUCUGUCAAGGUCUCCGUCCACACAUUAACGCUGAUAUUACACCUAAAUUGUUCAUCCAAUUAACUAAACGAUGCUGGGAUGCCAAGCCCGAAAAUCGACCAACUUCUCAUGAUUUAAAGUAUCAAAUUGGUAAAUGGUUUGGAGUUUUUGAAUCGGAAGAAUAUGAUGAAUUUUGGAGUCAGGUUAGAGAAAUUGAACAACGACAAAAAAUUGAUUCAUCAGGAUCUAGUCCUCCAACAUCAGAAAUUACUUACACAACGCAUCCUCAGGCCAUUUAUAAAAGUCGUCUUUUACCACUUUUACCAAAUCAUCCUUCUCAAUUUGAAAAUGCUGAUUCGAGAUUAAUUGAUUUGGAGAUUCCAGAUUUAUAA